AGGUGACGUUUCAAGUGGAGAACCAUCUGGAGUUCUUUCCUUUUGGAAAUAAUGAGUCUGCGAAUCAGGUUUGUUGAAUCUGUGGAAUUCUUUGCCGCAGAAGGCUGUGGAGGCCAAGUCAAUUGAUAUUUUUAAGGCAGAGAUAGAUACAUUCUUGAUUAGUACGGAUGUCAAGGGUUAUGGGGAGAAGGCAGGAGAAUGGGGUUGGGAAGGAGAGAUAUAUCAGCCAUGAUUGAAUGGCGGAGUAGACUUGAUGGGCCGAACGGCCUUAUUCUGCUCCUAUCACUUAUGAUCUUAUGACCUUACAGGUGAGCGUUUUUUUGUUUUUGUUUUGAGAGACAGAUAGUCUGAAGAAGAGUCCUGGCCUGAAACGUCCCCUAUCCAUGUUCUCCAGAGAUGCCGCCUGAGUUACUCCAACGUUGUGUGUCGUUCUGCAGUCUCUAGCGACUGAAGGCAGCCUUCCUCCGGUUGACAGCAGUGGCAAAUAUAUUUCCCCUAAUCGUGGCGUGAGCAACUUCGAAAAACAAAUGACCUAUCGCGGUGGGCCAAACAAUUUCGUCGGGCUGUUAUUUCAAGUUGAUUUGUAACGGUUCACAGUCUUGUUAUUUCAAACACUGAAUUAUGGCAACCUUCAAAAACGGAGAGAUCCUCGUCCAAUGUUGAAUGGAGACGGGGCACUUCGUAAAAAAACAUUCGCACUACGGCUAAAAAGAAUUCACUCGUAGGAAACAUUCUUUUGCACACCGUGGCUGAACAAAUAAUAAUAAUAUGCAGAACUGCAGGUGCUGAUCAAUACACAAAAGGAUAUAAAGUGCUGGAGUAACUCAGCCAUUUAAGAAGGAACUGCAGAGGCUGGAACAAUCGAAGGUAGACAAAAAUGCUGAAGGAACUCAGCGGGUGAGGAUGUGAGCAUCUACGGAGCGAAGGAAUGGGUGACGUUUCGGGUCGAGACCCUUCUUCAGACGUCAGUCUCACUGUAACUCAGCUGGUCAGGCAGCAUCUCUGGAGAACAUGAAUAGGCGACGUUUCAUGCCACACAGUCAUAGAGUCAUAUGGCUUGGAAACAGGCCCUUCGGCCCAACUUGCCCACGACGACCAACAUGUCCCAUCUAUGCUAGUUCCAAACCCGUCCCAUCCAUGAACCUGUCUAAAUAUUUCUUAAACGUUACGAUAGCACCUGCCUCAACUACCUCCUUCGGCAGCUCUUUCUUUACACCCACCAACACUUUAUGUGAAAAAGUUAUCCCUCGUAUUCCUAUUAAAUCUUCCACCCCCACCCGUUUUGCAGGGAUGCUGCCUGACCUGCUGAGUUACUCCUGCACUUUGUGAAUUAAUAAUUUGCAUUUGUACAGCUGUGUCAUCGACAAAAGAGGUGAAGGACAAAAUUGGAUUUUUUUUUUUUAAAGGUAGGGUUUCAUUUACUCAGAGAGGGCGAGGAAAACGUGGGAGGAAAGGAGUGGUUUAAUUGCAGAGUGAUCUUGUGAAAGACAGGGCGGAGAACGUUUGAGUGGGUGGUAUGAAGUGGAGCCGAGGCGCCUUAAGACUCGCGUCUCAUUGUAGACUGGCCCGAAGCGGUUAAUACACGUUGAUGGAUCGAUAUAGUUUACCCACUUUCGUAUUAGGAUAACAUGGUCUCUCCAGAGCAGCAGUAGCUUCGGCCUGAUUUCAUCCUGGAAGGAACUGCAGAUGCAGGUUUACAAAAGAAAAUACACAAAGUGCUGGAGUAACUCGGCUGACCGGGCAGCAUAGAAACAUAGAAAAUUGGUGCAGGAGGAGGCCAUUCGGCCCUUCGAGCCAGCACCGCCAUUCGAUCUGAUCAUGGCUGAUCGUCCACAAUCAGUACCCCGUUCCUGCCUUCUCCCCAUAGCCCCUGACUCCGCUAUUUUUAAGAGCCCUAUCUAGCUCUCUCUCUUGAAAGCAUCCAGAGAACCUGCCUCCAUCGCCCUCUGAGGUAGAGAAUUCCACAGACUCACUUCUGAAGAAGGGUCUCGACCCGAAACGUCACCUAUUCCUUUUCAUUAAUGAGAUCAUUUCUGGCAAACCUCCUCUGGGACCCCCUCCAACGCCAGCACACCCCGCCUCUGACAUGCGGUCCAAAUUGCUCACAAUAGUCCAAAUGUGGCCUCACCAGCGUCUUCUGGCAAAGCCACAGCUUCACAUUAUUAGACAGGUAUUUUGUUCGGCUCCUUUGUGGCGAGUCUAGACAUUCCUGAAAAGCUUUAUUUCUGCAUCCAAACAGAUCAGACAAUACUGUACAUAAACACAAUCCAGUCAAACUCAAAUACAAUAGGUAGAGCAAAGGGGAGGAUACGGAAUACAGAAUAUAGUUCUCAGCGUUGCAGCGCGCCAGUUCCAGGGACAAAGUCCAAUAGAAACAUAGAAACCUAUGAAAUAGGAGCAGGGGUAGGCCAAUCGGCCCUUCGAGCCUGCACCGCCAUUCAAUAUGAUCAUGGCUGAUCAUCCAACUCAGUAUCCCGUACCUGCCUUCUCUCCAUACCCUCUGAUCCCUUUAGCCACAAGGGCCACAUCUAACUCCCUCUUAAAUAUAGCCAAUGAACUGGCCUCAACUACCCUCUGUUCACUGCUUUCCCCCCAUAUCCCUUGAUUGCGUUAGCCCUCAGAGCUAAAUGUAACUUUCUCUUGAAUGUCCGAACUGGGGUAGAGAUGGAUCGGACAGUACCCUAGCUUAUGGAAGGACCGUUCAGAAGCCCCGAUAACAGAGGGGAAGAAGCUGUUACCGGAGUCUCAGCAUCGGUGUUAAAUCCAAAUUGCUCCGUUUCCCCCCGGCAGUUCUUGUUUUGACGUAACCAGAGUCCUUGUGAUAACAGCCACCGAUAUUAAAAAAAAACCAUGCAUGUUGUCAACAACAAUGCCGACACGCAGCCACUGAGGCAAAUAAGGUACCGAGAGAUGCAGGUUUGAGGACUUGCUCGCGUUGGUGAAGACUUGAGCUCGCUGUCCCACGAUGCCUUCCAAGAUGCAGAGUGUGAAACUGCACUCGCCCGAUUCCCGGAGACGUCCAUAACAGGUCAUGUUCUGGCUCAUCUUCUCGACCGCCGCCGAGAUGUCGACCUCCAGGAGCAGCGAGUGCACGGAGGACGAGGCGAAGCAGAAGCUGCUGUGGAAUGUGAAGAGAGAGGUGAAGCAAAUCAUGGAAGAGGCGGUCACGAGGAAGUUUGUUCAUGAAGACAGCAGCCACAUCAUUGGCUUGUGUACUGUGGUGGAGGCCUGCCUGCUGUACCUGCUGAAGCGUCGGGCGGCCGGCUUUCUGCGGAGCGACAAAGUAGCCGCGCUCUUCACCAAGGUCGGCAAAAUCUACCCUGUGGCCGGAGAUGUGUGCGCAAAGGUUCAAGAGCUGCAGCAGCAGACGGAUAACAAGAAGAAACCCUCAAAUGGACAGGAAUCUCUGAAGAGGCAGGGAUCGCUAUCCAAGCCCCCACCCCUUACUCCUCAAGCCAUCAAGCAUAUCUGGGUGCGAACAGCCUUGUUUGAGAAGGUCCUGGAUAAGAUCGUUCAAUACAUCGUUGAUAACUCCAGUAAAUAUUACGAGAAGCAAGCUUUGAUAGCAGAUCCAGUCUGUGGACCAAUCCUAGCUUCUCUGCUCGUUGGCCCCUGUGCUCUAGAGUAUACGAAACUUAAAACAGCUGACCAUUACUGGACAGACCCGUCGGCCGAUGAGCUGGUUCAGAGGCACCGGAUUCACUGCGCACAUGGACACCAGGAUUCCCCGUCUAAACGGCCGGCACUUGGUAUAAGGAAGCGUCAAUCGAGUGGAAGUAUGUCGGAAGAUAAGUUUGCAGCUUCAGCACGGGAAUAUGUGGAGUCAUUGCAUCAAAAUUCCAGAACACAUCUACUGUACGGAAAAAACAACGUGCUUGUCCAGCCAAAGGAGGAUGUGGAGACGGUUCCAGGGUACCUGUCCCUUCACCAGUCAGCAGACCACCUAACGCUGAAGUGGACUCCUAAUCAACUCAUGAAUGGAACCCUUGGGGAUUCUGAGCUGGAGAAGAGUGUCUACUGGGAUUAUGCCUUAACAGUGCCGUUACAUCAGAUAGUCUGCAUCCAUUGCCAUCAACAGCCUGACAGUGGCGACACCUUGGUGUUGGUGAGCCAGGAUGGCAUCCAGAGACCUCCACUCCACUUCCCGCAGGGUGGGCACCUAUUAGCCUUCCUCUCCUGCCUUGAGAACGGCCUGUUACCACGGGGGCAGCUCGAUCCACCACUGUGGUCACAGCGAGGGAAGGGUAAAGUGUUUCCAAAACUGCGAAAAAGGAACAGCAGAGUCAAGUCCAUAGACCAAGAGGAACCGAGGGUGGAGGAAGUAGCUACCGAUUAUGUGUUCAGAAUCAUAUAUAACGGACAGAAGAAUGACUAUGUAACUAUUAACUACCACCACUUAGCCGCCAGCCGCUCCAUCUCGGUGGAAGAUGAUGAAGAGGACGAGGAUAGGCUGCAUGAAAUGAUUUCUAUGAUCUGCUCACGGAACCUCACAGCUCCUAAAAUGAUGAAAGAUCCUAGUGAGUUGCUGGUGAUGCACGGGUGCAGCGGCACCCAGUUCCCUUGGCAGCUGGGAGAUGCGUGUAGCCAUGGCUCCCCCUGCCUCUCCUGCUCCAGCAGUGGUUCUCCUUACGACGUUCCCAUCCGCUGCUCCUGUGGCAACGACAGGACCCCGUUGAAGAUGCUUUGUGAGAACAUGAAGAGGCAAAUCGUUUCAAGGGCAUUUUAUGGAUGGCUGGCCUACUGCCGACACCUAUCGACUGUCCGCACACAUCUAUCAGCUCUCGUGAACCACACCAUUGUCCCAUCCAACAAGCCGUCCGAAGCCUCAGGUGGACUGACUGCAGAGGUCUGGAAUAAGUAUGAGAAGGAUAGAAAGAAUUACAAAAAGUUGGAGCUGCUGAGAAUGGUUUACUAUGGAGGAGUCCAGCAUGAAAUAAGGAAAGAUGUCUGGCCUUUUCUUCUGGGACACUACAAGUUUGGGAUGAGCAAGCAGGAUAUGGACCAGGUGGAUGAAGAUAUAGCUGCCAAGUACAGAUAUGUGAUGUCGGAGUGGAAGGCGUGUGAACUGGUGGUCAAGCAGAGGGACAGGGAAACGCACUCCGCCAUCUUAGCCAAGUUGUCAUCGGGCAGCAGCAUAGACAGCCACGUACAGCACCUGAUUCACCGCGAUUCCACCAUCAGCAACGAUGUCUUCAUUUCAGUUGAUGAAGGGGACCUGGGAGAAAAAGCCUUUAAGUUGGCGGAGGAAGCAAGAACGAUAGUCAACGUCGACGCCCCUGCCGCCGUGGUCGAAGAGAGGCCUUCGAUAGAGUUUGACUCCCCCGACUCUGGGCUUCCUUCUUCACGAAACUACUCCGUCGCCUCGGGCCAUUCCCGCAUCCUCUCGAGUACCGACGACCAAAGUUUGUGCAUGGAAGAAGGUGUACUGGAGGAGGAAGAUCAAACGGAACUGGGCAGGGCGGCGGAACGAGCACGGGACGUUAGUGCGCCCGGCUCUGGAAGGAGAGACGCACUGCAACAGGCCGGAGCCCAGGAUUCAUUGUGUGAAGAACAGCUGAGUACUCAGUUAGAUCUGAUCCUCUCCGAAAAGGGCAGCGCGUCGUUACCAAGCAUGACAUACACGACAGAACUGAUGGAUGCCGUCUCAUUAAAUUGGCACCGGAUUGAUAAAGACGUACAACGCUGCGAUAGAAAUUAUUGGUAUUUUACUACAAUCAACCUUGAAAGACUAAAGAGUAUAAUGUGCAGCUAUGUGUGGGAACACCUGGAGGUGGGCUACGUCCAGGGCAUGUGUGACCUCUUGGCACCACUAAUGGUGAUUAUGGACAGUGAACCCUUGGCUUACAGCUGCUUCACUCAGCUGAUGAAGAGGAUGAAUCAGAACUUCCCAAAUGGAGGUGCCAUGGACACUCACUUUGCCAACAUGAGAUCCUUAAUACAGAUUUUGGACUCCGAGCUCUUUGAGCUGAUGCACCAGAAUGGAGACUACACCCACUUCUACUUCUGCUACCGAUGGUUCCUCCUGGAUUUUAAAAGAGAGCUCUUGUAUGAAGACGUCUUUGCCGUGUGGGAGGUUAUCUGGGCAGCGAAGCACAUCUCUUCAGAACACUUUGUCCUGUUCAUUGCCUUAGCGCUGGUGGAGGUGUACCGCGAGAUCAUCCGAGACAACAACAUGGACUUCACAGACAUUAUAAAGUUCUUCAAUGAAAUGGCGGAGCGCCACGACACGCAGCAGAUCCUGAGGAUCGCGCGCGAGCUGGUCUACAAGGUGCAGACGCUGAUCGAGAACAAGUGACGGAGCCGCGGGGCAGCUAGGAAGGCCCACGGACACACUCGACGCCCGCCCUCCAAGUGCUAACGGGAGGCCCGCCCCACCUCUCCCUCUGUGCUGUGCUGUGCUGGCUCUCCGCCCCCCGCUGCACUCGAAGCAUGCCAGUGCAAGGGAACGAGUCGACCGCAUCUUCCCAACCUCAAGAUGCCGCACAGUGAGCAGAACCCGCACGGCUUUAAUACGGAGGCCAAGAAUUAGCCCAAAGAAAGUUGCGCUAAUCUUUAUUCCCCCCCAAACAAUCAUCAGUCACAUUUUAGUGAUGCUUUAAUGUAGUUGAUAAAAAAAAGAAAUUUCCCUUUUACUUUGUUCACAGUCAAUGUUGUCUGAGUUGUGAGUAUUUACGUGUGGUUGUAUUUUUAAUUAAUUUAUUAUAUAUUUUUUAAAUCAGUGAGUGCCUAAAUAUUAAAUGUGUGGCAUUAAAAAAAUAUACCCCCCCCCCCGCGAUCCGCAUUAUAGUCCCUUGCCCAGGGACUAACGGACAGGUAUAAGCUGGAAAUAAAUGGGGGUCUCAUUUCUCCAAUUUGUCAUGUGUGAAUUGGUAGCGAUUUUUAACUCCUCAACAUGGAACUGAAUUGGAUGGACCACUGUACAUUUAAUACUUUUCAAAAGCAGAUCUGAUCUUAUAGACUAUUUUAGCAUGUUUGCAAUGAGAGUUACAGAUAUUUUAAAUAUAUUGAAAAAUGUUGCCAAUAACUCGAUGUUCUGUGGUUCUAUAUGUUUCUGUACUACUACUUUCUAGUAUUGAAUAUUCCCCAAAUACUGGGAAUUCAUUUCCACUCGCACAGUAUUUGCUCAUUCUGAAGCAGGGCGUCAGAUGGUUCACUCCCUCCGAAUGUGUUUUGAGUGGGGUCAUGUUUCGGUGCGUGUAGAUAGCUGACCUGGUGGGGUGGUGGUACUGACCUUCCCCUUCCCUCCACACGCAUGCACUGUGAUCUCAAUGGGGGCCGGACUGUCAUUGCAAGUCCAAGCUCUGGGCUUCUCCAGAAGAGGGGGGUCAGGAACUGUGCCACAAGAUUUGGGGAGAAUCGGGUCAACGGCUCUGCCAAUUUGUCCUCUCCUGCGUCUCCUCUUGUUGCAACGCCUCAUCUUUGGAACCAACUCCUUCCUAAACCUCCAAGUGUUAAAAGUGGCAAAAAUAACCCAAAACUGAUAUUUUUUUCUGAUCUAUCUGAACUCAGUUUAGUUUAAUUUGGAGAUUUAGAUCUCCAGACUAAACUGUGAUAGAGAUUAGAGAUAGUUUAGCUACUUGGUCAUAUAAAAUCUUUCAGUACAAAAGGCCAAGUCAUUGGGUGAUUUGAAUGCGGAGGUUGACAGAUUCUUGAUUGGUAAGGGCGCCAAGGGUGACAGGGAGAAGGCAGGAGAAUGGGGUUGGGAGGGAAAGAUUGAAUGGCGGAGUAGACUCGCUGGGCCAAACGGCCUAACUCUGCUCCCAGAACUUAUGAACUUAUGAAGAGUAGAUGGAUCCUGAAUUCAAUUCGUGUUCGUCAGAGAUGUGCACUAUACAACUUUAUUUAGAGUUUGUUUCCUUUUCAAAUUAUCCCCCAUGCAGUCCAUUACUGAAGUCAUUGAGUGUCUUCUGAGGAAUGGCACGUGACUGCUUGGAGAAUGAACAAUUCCCACUUGUCCACACAAGUUCUCAAAGCUGGCAGGUUGGUCAACAAUGGGGUGGUUGGGUCUUUCGUUGCCAUCCAUUCCAGCUGGGGAGACAGUCAGGCAUUCCCCUCUACCCAUUACAAAAACGUUUAGUCCAAUCACCAGACUCACAGCCCAGCCCUGGCCAAGGUGGACUACCUGACCAUAGAGCGGGUAGAUUGGAACUUUCUGAUCUAUGUUGGUGAGUCAUUCAUCAAAUAGAGAAAGAGAGAGAGUGUUCAAGUGUAGACACAAAAUGCUGUAGUAACUCAGGCGGCAUCUCUGGUUGACGUUUCUGGUUGAGACCCGUCUUCAGACACAAAAGUAAAGAUAUGGGGUGGGGGGCCUGGAAAACGGAAAUCAUUGAUGAGACAAAGCGCAUGUGAGGUGACUUGGAUAUAGGUCGGGAGGGAUUGGACCAGGGGGGGUAUCGUCGAUGGAGUCGAGGUAUGUGGAAAUGAAUUCAGUGGGACAGCAGCAGGCUGUAUAUUUUAUUUCUUCAGACUGAGAGUCAGGGGAGAGGGAAACGAGAGAUGUGGAAGAGACAUGGAAGGAUAAGGUGUGAAACCGAGAGAUCAACGGGGAACGAAGAUGAAGGAAAUUGGGGAAGCUGACAACGAGGCGUACAAAGUAAAAUAUAAUCAGGAGGAUAGUCAAACUAGUUGUAGAACUAGGAUGGGGGAGGAGGGAUAGAGAGAGAGGGAAAACAAGGGUUACUUUUGAAGUUAGAGAAGUCAAUAUUCAUACCGCUAGGUUGUAAUUAAUUGUCAUCUGUACCAACAACGGAACAAUAACAUUCUUACUUGCAGCAGCCUAACAAUACACACAGAUAAUAUUUAAUAAUCAAUAAAUUAAAUGAAUGAAUAACCAGUGCAAUAAGUGAAGUCCCAGUCCAUAGAAGUAGUUACUUGCUGAGACAGUAUUGUGUAGUGUUCAAGAGCCCGAUGGCUAUUGUGUCAAAGCUUUCCUUGAACCUGGUGGUAUGAUGGUGGUAGUGAGGUGAGAGCAUGGCCAGGGCGGUGUGGUUUAUUGAUGAUACUGGCUGCUUUGUUCAGGCAGCUCCUCCGAUAAACCCCUUGGUUAGUAGAAAGUCCAAGCAUUCGCUGCGCAAACCCAUUUGCAAGCCCACGGACGGGAUGUAAAGGAGUAAAGCCCCAUCAUUUGUCCUUCCCUACAUUGUAGCUGGGAUUUGUACGUCAAGAUAAACUAAUCUCACUUCUGAUGACUGGUUCAGCGAUCGUAAAGCAAUAAAUUAUAGAAUUGGGACCAACUAUUUUAAUGCAGCUCAUGCAGAAGGAACUGCAGAUGCCGGUUUACACGGAAGGUAGACACAAAAUGCUGGAGUAACUCAGCGGGCCAGGCAGCAUCUCUGGAGCGAAGGAAUGGGUGACGUUUCGGGUCGAGACCCUUCUUCAGACUCAUCAUUACAGAUGAAGGGAUGGGGUCCUGGAAAACGGAGGUCAUUGAGAGAGGAAGUGGGUGUGAGGUGUCUUGGACAUAGGUCGGGAAGGAUUGGACCAUAGGAUGGAGUCAAGGUAUGUGGAAAUUAAUUCAGUGAGACAGGAGCAGGCAGGAACAAUGGAUCUGCCAAAGCAGUUCUGUUUAUGGAUUUUGGGGAGAAGGUAAAACCGGGCCAAUCUGAAGAAGGGUCUCGACCCGAAACGUCACCCAUUUCUUCUAUCCAGAGAUGCUGCCUGUCCCGCUGAGUUCAGCAUUGUGUGUCUAUCUUCAGUGUAACACAUGUGGAGAAAAAGAUUUGAGAGCCUGCCCAGUGAAAACAAAAUAAGUGAUGCAUGGUUCUCAUUUGCCAAGACUUUUCCAUUUAAUAGAAACAUAAUAAGUGAAGCCAUUUACUUAGAGCAGUGGUUCUUAACCUGGGGGUCGU